AUGAAGCAAAUUGGAAACAAAAUUGCCAAAGAUUGGAAGUGGAUAUCUAACAUUCAUAUGGCCAAUAAAGCUAGGAUAUGGAUUCUAUGGGAAAGUAAAGUCUUCUCUGUGCAGAAUAUUAAUGCAACUGAUCAGUUUAUCACUCACAAGUUGGAAUCUAAAGAUGGAAAAUUAUCCUUUCUUCUCACAGCUGUAUAUGCUCUUAAUCAAACAGAAGGUAGGAAAACACUAUGGGAAGAUCUGCUGAAUUUCAAAAGGAAUGUGAAUUACCCCUGGCUAGUGGGAGGGGAUUUCAAUGCAAUCACAAAAAGUGAUGAGAAAAUAGGAGGAGCUCAAAUAACUGAUACUGGAGCUGAUGACUUUCAAAGCUUCAUUACUUCUAGUCAGUUAAUGCACAUAAAGACUACUGGAUGUUUCUUCACUUGGUGUAAUAAACAAGAUUCAAGCACAAGAAUCUGGAGCAGAUUAGAUAGGAUCCUAGUGAAUGAGGAUUGGAUUCAGAAAUAUACUAUAAGCCAAGUGGAAUAUUUGGUGCCUCUUUGUUCAGAUCACUCUCAAGGUUUGAUAAAUGUUGUUGAUGACAAUGUUGCUAUAGGAAAAAAGCCUUUUAAAUUCUUUAGCAUGUGGGCUAAGCACCCUGAUUUCCUAAGAAUGGUGAACUCAAUUUGGAAUGAUGAAAUUAGGGGAUACAACAUGUUCAGGUUCUACUCUAAACUCAAGAAUCUAAAACCUGCUCUGAAGGAGUUAAAUAAAAAGCAUUUUAUGGAUAUAAGUCAGCAAGUAUCAAGAGCUAAAACUAAGCUGUGGAACAUUCAGAAAAAGCUAUGCACUGAUCGUUUCAAUCCAGAUUUGAUUGCAAAAGAAAAGGAUUGUAUUAGAAAAUAUACCAAACUUUUGGAUUGUGAAAACUCCUUCUAUAGGCAAAAAGCAAAUAUUAAAUGGGGACUUCAUGCUGAUAAAGGCUCACAAUUUUUUCACUCAGUUAUGAAGGCUAAAAAGGCAUCAGAGCAGGAUUUUGUCUCUGCAUACUGA